AUGAAGUUCCUGCUUUGCCCUGCCUGCCCCGCACGGUGCUUCUCGUCCUUAUCUUCCCUUUUCUUCCUUUCCCCCCUUCCCAUCUCGUCUCCACCGUGCUGCCUCCACCCUCCUCGCUCGUCCCUUUCUCCCAUCUAUCCUGACCAAUCCCCUCCACCGCACUUCAUUUCGUCCCUGCCCUACACUGCCUGCUUCUCCUCACCGAGAUCGGGAGCAACCGCUUCACAGGGCCCAUUCCGCUCACCGCCUCGCGCCUGCACCGACUCUCAUAUAUGUAACCCUCUCACCUUCGCCUCUCACCUUCGCCUCUCACCUUCGCCUCUCACCUUCGCCUCUCACCUUCGCCUCUCACCUUCGCCUCUCACCUUCGCCUCUCACCUUCGCCUCUCACCUUCGCCUCUCACCUUCGCCUCUCACCUUCGCCUCUCACCUUCGCCUCUCACAUUCGCCUCUCACCUUCGCCUCUCACCUUCGCCUCUCACCUUCGCCUCUCACCUUCGCCUCUCACCUUCGCCUCUCACCUUCGCCUCUCACUCCCUCUCCACAGCAUCUCCCCUCGUCCCCUCACUCGCCCUCCCGUCCUCCCUUGUCAUUUUUCUGUCAUUCAUCAUAACCACAACCUUCCCCCUCCCUGCUCUCAUCCCCCUACCUGCUCUCAUCCCCCUACCUGCUCUCAUCCCCCUGCCUGCUCUCAUCCCCCUGCCUGCUCUCAUCCCCCUACCUGCUCUCAUCACCCUACCUGCUCUCAUCCCCCUGCCUGCUCUCAUCCCCCUGCCUGCUCUCAUCCCCCUGCCUGCUCUCAUCCCCCUGCCUGCUCUCAUCCCCCUGCCUGCUCUCAUCCCCCUACCUGCUCUCAUCCCCCUACCUGCUCUCAUCCCCCUACCUGCUCUCAUCCCCCUGCCUGCGCUCAUCCCCCUGCCUGCGCUCAUCCCCCUACCUGCUCUCAUCCCCCUGCCUGCUCUCAUCCCCCUGCCUGCUCUCAUCCCCCUGCCUGCUCUCAUCCCCCUGCCUGCUCUCAUCCCCCUGCCUGCUCUCAUCCCCCUACCUGCUCUCAUCCCCCUACCUGCUCUCAUCCCCCUACCUGCUCUCAUCCCCCUGCCUGCUCCCAUCCCCCUGCCUGCUCUCAUCCCCCUGCCUGCUCUCAUCCCCCUGCCUGCUCUGAUCCCCCUGCCUGCUCUCAUCCCCCUGCCUGCUCUCAUCCCCCUACCUGCUCUCAUCCCCCUGCCUGCUCUCAUCCCCCUGCCUGCGCUCAUCCCCCUGCCUGCGCUCAUCCCCCUGCCUGCUCUCAUCCCCCUGCCUGCUCUCAUCCCCCUGCCUGCUCUCAUCCCCCUGCCUGCUCUCAUCCCCCUGCCUGCUCGCAUCCCCCUGCCUGCUCUCAUCCCCCUACCUGCUCUCAUCCCCCUACCUGCUCUCAUCCCCCUACCUGCUCUCAUCCCCCUGCCUGCUCUCAUCCCCCUGCCUGCUCUCAUCCCCCUGCCUGCUCUCAUCCCCCUACCUGCUCUCAUCCCCCUACCUGCUCUCAUCCCCCUGCCUGCUCUCAUCCCCCUGCCUGCUCUCAUCCCCCUGCCUGCUCUCAUCCCCCUGCCUGCUCUCAUCCCCCUACCUGCUCUCAUCCCCCUACUUGCUCUCAUCCCCCUGCCUGCUCUCAUCCCCCUACCUGCUCUCAUCCCCCUACUUGCUCUCAUCCCCCUGCCUGCUCUCAUCCCCCUGCCUGCUCUCAUCCCCCUGCCUGCUCUCAUCCCCCUGCCUGCUCUCAUCCCCCUGCCUGCUCUCAUCCCCCUGCCUGCUCGCAUCCCCCUGCCUGCUCUCAUCCCCCUGCCUGCUCUCAUCCCCCUACCUGCUCUCAUCCCCCUACCUGCUCUCAUCCCCCUGCCUGCUCUCAUCCCCCUGCCUGCUCUCAUCCCCCUGCCUGCUCUCAUCCCCCUGCCUGCUCUCAUCCCCCUGCCUGCUCUCAUCCCCCUACCUGCUCUCAUCCCCCUACCUGCUCUCAUCCCCCUACCUGCUCUCAUCCCCCUGCCUGCUCUCAUCCCCCUGCCUGCUCUCAUCCCCCUACCUGCUCUCAUCCCCCUACCUGCUCUCAUCCCCCUACCUGCUCUCAUCCCCCUGCCUGCUCUCAUCCCCCUGCCUGCUCUCAUCCCCCUGCCUGCUCUCAUCCCCCUGCCUGCUCUCAUCCCCCUGCCUGCUCUCAUCCCCCUGCCUGCUCUCAUCCCCCUGCCUGCUCUCAUCCCCCUGCCUGCUCUCAUCCCCCUGCCUGCUCUCAUCCCCCUGCCUGCGCUCAUCCUCACAGAGAAAUGGACUUCAAUGAAUUUCUCGGGCCUCUGCCGCCAGCCUUCUUCCAUCUCACCGCCCUCGCCCACCUGGAGCGGCUUCUCAGGCGCGCUGCUGGAGCACAUCAGCGCGCUCUCGUCCCUUCACUUCCUCUAUGCGGCCAACAACGCCAUCUCAGGAAGCAUCCCCGCCACCAUCAGCGCUCUCUCCCGCCUCGAGUACCUGUCUGUCGCACACAAAUUCCCGCCUCUUUUGUCAUCACUCUCCUCCGCCUCUCUUGCUCGCCUCCAUUCUUCUCUCCCCCUCUCCUCCCUUUCUCCUCCUCUUCCCCCCUCCAUCCUUUCACAUGUACAGAUUUCUUUGCCUCGCCCCCUCGCCUCCCUCUCCUCGUCCCCACAAGCUCACGCCCAAUCCCGUGCCGCUGCCUACGCUGCUACCAUGCCUUCUGACUCGCUGCUGUGCUUGACAUCCCUCACGUCCCUCCUCGCCCGCAUGAAUCAUCUCCCGUCUCUCCUCGUUAUCUCCCUCACCUUCCGUUAUCUCCCCUUCCCCGCGUCUCUUACCCCCCCCUCCCCCCAGCUCACUGGGCGACACGGCCAUUUCAGGCGAGCUGCCUCGCUUCCUCACCGCCCUCACGCGUCUCACCACCUUGUGCGCCCCUCCCCACCCUCUCCGUCCCUCCCUGCACCUCUCUCCGCCCGUCUGCACCCUAAGGUCAUGUCUACAUCUCCAAGAGGCUCUGUCUCUAGUUCAUGCCAUGUUGACCUUCUGCCGUCCAACCAUUCUUCCCAUUUUAACAUUGCCUUUCAUUCACCUCCCCCUUCCUUCUCUUACCCCCCUCCUCUUUUUUCCCCCUUUCCCUCUCUUCCACCCCUCCUCUCUCUUCCCCUUAGUUCCCUCCUCUGUCCGUGCUUUCUCCGUUUCCCAACCCUCAUCCCACUCAGUGACGUUGUCAACACGAAGCUUCACGGAACCAUUCCUGCCGCUUACGGCGCCAUCAAGUUGAGCAGCUUGUGUGAUUUCCUCCUCCUCCUCCGUUGGUCCCCAUGCAAAGCCUCUCUUCCUCCUUCACCCCAUUGCAACUGUCUCGUUCCGUCCCACUAUUGCUAUAUCCGUUUGAGAAGUUGUAAAGUGAUGGUGUGGUGGUUGAGGUCUUUAUGGGCUUUCGACGCCAUGUUGGCGUUUGGUGCUUUCGACGCCAUGUUGGCGUUUGGUGCUUUCGACGCCACGUUGGCGUUUGGUGCAUGCUUGAGAUCCACGCCUAUCCUAAGGAGAGUCCCCCCCUGCCCGCACGUCCCCCUGGCGGACAUUCUCAGAGCCACCAAUGGGUGGGCGGAGGGGCGGAGGGUGGGGGGAGGCAGGUGGAGUGACGUGUACCGGGGGGAAUGGGUGGAGGGGGGGGAUGGGGGGUCACAUGCAGGGAAGGAUGUGGAGGGAACAGGAGCGAAGAAGCAGGAAGGAGGGGAUGUGUCGGGGGGAUCGAAGGGGGGGAGGCGGGGGGACAAGUGGGCGGUGAAGCGCAUGAGGGGGGGUGCGCAUGGGGCAGAGAGGGCGGAGUUUGAGGCUCAUGUGGCGGGCUUGGCUCGCCUUGGCCAUCCCAACGUGCUGGCGCUCGUGGGCUGGUGCUGCUGGCAGGGCGCAGAGGGGGGAGAGGCAGGGGGGGGGGUGGCAACAGGGGAAGGGAAGGGGAGGGAAGCAAGUGGGGGGAGCGGAAGGAGGGAGGCGCAUAGUGGGGUGGAGAGGGAGGUGGGUGUGCGGGAGGAUAGGCAGCAAGAAGAGGUGGUGACGGAGGGGGAUGUGCCGGGUGGGGAGUUUGAGCAGGAAGGGGCAGUGGAUGGGCGGGGGAAUGAGGUGGUGUUGGUGUACGAGUGGAUGGAGCGGGGCAGCCUGCAGGCAGCACUGCAGCCAGGUGAGCACUGCAGCCAGGUAAGCACUGCAGCCAGCACCUCACCCCUGCCCCAUCGCAUCAAUGUAUUGCUCUCCUCACCACCGCUCGCCUUGUCCCCUCAACCACCCACAGUGGCAGGCGUUCGUCCAUUGUCGCUACAGCAGAGGGUGGGCAUAGCAGUGGGCGUGCUGAGGGCGCUCAAGGCAGUGCAGAGCCACCGGCAGGUGCAUGGCGACCUCAAACCCUCCAACGUGCUGCUCGGGGCCUCCUACGAGGCGCGUGUGGCGGACUGGAGUGUGGUGCGCAUGGGGCAGCGCGUGCACGUGGACAUGGGCGAUGGAAUGGGAAGGCACCAGGAAGCUGUUCCUCCCCUACCCCCCCACCUGUCUGCCCAACCCCCCUGCCAGUGUGCGGAUGCUGCUGCUACAGCUGCUCACCUCCCCCCUCCACCGCCCCCCCAUCCCGCCUGUGUGCCCAUCCCCCCCGCCAGUGUGGGAGUGCUGCUGCUACAGCUGCUCACAGGGUGGGCGGGUCCCUUCAGGGAUGUGGAUGGGCAGCGCACCCACAUCUACCCCUGGGUGCGUGGGGCUCUGGGAAGCAUGGCCCAGCAGCACCUAACAGCCGACGACAUCUCUCCUCUCCUCGACCCCCUGCUGCCGCAACCUCUGCCCCCUCCUGCCCUCCUCCUCCCCCUCUUCCGCCUUGCCCUCGCCUGCUCCUCCCCCUCCCCCUCCGCCCGCCCCACCCCCUCCUCCGCCCUCACCACUCUCAGGCCCCUCCGCUCCUACCUGCUGCACUGGGGGCAGUCAGGAGGCCGGGAGGGGGGAGAACCGGGGGGGUGGGGAGAGGGGGAAGGGGGAGGAAGCGGAGAGGAUGGGGGGGAGAGUGUGGGAAGGGGGAGUGCGGGGAGUUGGAGCAGGCUUUUCAGGGGGGGAAGUGCCGGGUGGAGUGGUGGCAGUGAGUUGGGUGCCAGGCUGGCAAUGCUCGGUUCAGAGGACAGUCGGGAGUUUGUGGUGGGAGCGACGGCGCUGAAGGAGUGCGCGGCGGAGUGGGGGGUGAGCGCGACGGAGUGGGCGCAAGGCGCGGACUGCGCGACGAAGGAGACGAUCACGUGCGACAAGGACGGCAUGGUCACAGAGCUGUCAGUGCCCCGGGGAAUGGUAGCGCGCAUGGGGGAAGCGCUUCCGGACGCAUGGGGGGAAGCGCGUGGGAGGCGCGGGAUGAAGGGAGCAGAGCAAGGGCAAAGGCGCAAGGAAGAGGGGGGGGGUUGCGAUGAGGGGAGCAGCGGGGUAUAG